AUGAGGUUGAUUCAUACUCAUCUUGACUUCCGCAUCGUCGAUCACUUAAUGUUUUGGGCCGCAUGCUGUCUGGCUUACUUUGGCUUCCUACGCUCGGCUGAGUUUACUGUGCCAAGCCUUGAGGCCUAUUCGCCCGUGUAUAACCUUAAUGUAUCCGACAUCUCGGUCGACGCGCUGGACCAACCCACCUGUAUUAGGGUAAAUAUCAAAGCUUCCAAGACUGACCCCUUUCGCAAAGGGUGUUUAAUUUACAUUGGCAAGGCCCGGCCUCCUCUGUGUGCAGUGGAAGCCCUACURAAAUAUCURGCCGUUCGCGGAGACUCUUCAGGACCGCUCUUCCUGCUUCAGUCUGGGGUGCCGCUCUCUCGCACUCUCCUCACCUCWYGGCUUAGGGACAUUCUCAARUUAGCCAAUGUCCCAGGCAACUACUCAAGCCACAGCUUUCGCAUUGGCGCAGCGACGGUAGCGGCACGGAACGGUAUGCCCGACCAUCUUAUCCAGACGAUGGGUCGCUGGUCAAGCGACGCCUACAAAACGUACAUUAGAACGCCCGCAUCUGAGUUAACUUCGGCUUCGGCCAAGUUAUGCUAA